UCUCUGUGUGUGUGUCCACAAAAAUGGCAAUAUCCAUAACCCUUGUUCUUGUGGGGACAUUUUUUGGAAAAUGGCUAUUUAUUUAUUUUUAAAUCUAAAAUAGCAGAAAGUUUUGUGUGAGGCAUAGAUUUAGGGGUAGGGUUAGGGUAAGGGAUAAUAUUUUGUACUGUAUAAAAACCAUUAUUAUGCCUAUCGGGAUGUCCCCAUAAAACAUGGAAACCCAACGUGUGUGUGUGUGUGUGUGUGUGUGUGUGUUGAAUGCAGAAGUAAUACAUCAGUGAAGCACGUGAUUAGAGUGUCCUGAACUCAUUGAACUCUGGUGAUGAAAAUGAAACAAAGGACAUUUGCAUUCAGUGCUUUUCUUCGCAAUGUCACAUAUUUGAUAUCCUUAUGUAGAGUUACAUCUGGAACUGCAUUGACGGAUGCCCUUACGCCCAGAUGCCUUCUUGGAAUAAAUCAGUAGUCUCAUUGUGUAUCCUCUGCCCAACAUAGACCUGCAGAAAGAGUUCAUUUGAAUGUAGAGUAGUGUAUAUAGGCCUAUAGACUAACAUAAACCCCAUCAAAUAAGCUAUCAAGACUUUGCUGUUUAGGGAUGAUGAUAAUGACAAACCAGUUCCCUUUUCCACUCCUCCCAAAAAUAGCCUUUUUUAACAGGCUGUCAUUAGCAUUUCUCUACAGAAGAAACUAUAAAGUACGGGAUGUUCUUACUGAACACGGUAGUGAUCCUGCUACAAACUGCACUCACCUUAAAUUAUCCAUUUAAAAUUCUCAGUUUUAAUUUAGUCAUAAAUAAUACCAGAAUAUGCAUUUCUUUAUUUAUUUGUAUGUUUGUUUGUUUGAUGAACCGUCCAAUAGGCUACUGCGCUAAUGUUUUUACGUGCUUUUGUAGGCUAAUAUAAUUUUAUUAACGCGAGUGGCGUGUAAAUAUACUUAUGCAACAAAGUGCAUGCGUUGCAAAAAUUAAGCAAAAAUAUACCCCCCGCCCCACACACACACACACACACACACACACACACCACCACCACCAGGUCAUCCCAUUCUCACGGUUUUACGGAAGUAUGCUCCUGAAUAUAAUAUAAAUGUACAAAUAAAUAGGCUACAUUGCGACAUGUCAGUCCAGUUUUGGCCGAUCUGUUAACCUUUAUUUAAUUAGCAGCUCUGUUCUGUACUGAAGCGCACCAGGUUCUCGGUGGAUGCGGUGAUGGAUGAGAGGCGGGGCCCAUCCGAUGCGCGUCACUGUGGCUCCAUAAAACAGCCUCGGACCAUAAAUCUCCAGCACUUUGAGAAGCCAGGCAGAAGCCGAAGGCAGAGAUCGGUAGUGAUGAACAUCUAAACUGGACGUUCGGCUCAAGGUUGACACUGCGCAGCGGCGAGUUUAAGGUGAAAAGGGUGGUGGAGCAAAACGAGUCCGAGACGUAAAAGACAUCUGUGCUGUUCUUCCCUCCCAUCCAUGAUGCGGGACUCUGUCUUCAACUGCUGUGUUUCUCCAUCCCAUCCUCCUAGUGGAGAGGAGGAGCCCCACCAACACAGAAGCAGAGCUCAGGCUCCGCCCCCUAACGACAGGCGUUUCCUUAUAUUCUUUGACUUUGACGAGACCCUGGUGGACGAGUGCAGCGACGACUCUAUGGUUACUGUGGCGCCUGGUGGAGUCCUGCCCGGCUGGUUGAAGGAUACCUAUCAUUCCGGCCGCUACAAUGAGUACAUGCAGCGUGUGCUGGCCUACCUCUCCGAGCAGGGCGUUACCCCGGCAGCUAUUCGAAGCACAGUGGAGAAACUCCCUCCCUGCCCAGGCAUCCCCACUUUGAUGCAUUUCCUGCUCUCCCAGCCUUCAAGGGACUUUGAAGUAAUUUGUGUGUCAGACGCCAACACAGUCUUCAUAGAGACGUGGCUGCAGCACUUGGGUUUCCAACCACUGUUUCUGCGCAUUUUCACCAACCCAGCUCACUUUGAUGAUAAUGGGCAGCUGCAGCUUCGCCCUUUCCACUCCCAUGAGUGCCUGCGAUGCCCGGCGAACAUGUGCAAAGCGGUGGUGGUGAGGCAGUACGUGGCCCAGCGUGUGCGAGAGAGGGGCGGACGGCCGUACCAGAAGGUUUUGUACGUGGGCGAUGGGGCCAAUGACUUUUGCCCAUCACUCACACUGUCACCGGGCGAUAUAGCAUUCCCGCGCCAGGACUUUCCAAUGCACAAACUGAUCCAAGAGAUGGCGGAAACCAAACCUGGAGAGUUCAAGGCCAGUGUGGUGCCCUGGAACAGUGGAGAGGAUGUCAUCAACACCCUGAAGAAGAUAUUAGAGAGGCCCUAAAUAUAUACAUACACCUAAAUGAGGCCCUAAUAACAUGGGCUUUCUAGAGUACAUUCCAAACUCUUUUGGGUUGCCAAAUAUGUAUCAACUGGCAGGCUGUUAAGGGUCUUUUAAUAAGAUACAGUUGAAAUAACACCGCUAUAAACUUACAUUUAAAUACACAGACACAUCCAUACGAGAAUGAAUUGAUAAUGUGUGUGUGUUAGUGUGUACGUGUGUGUGUAUGUGUGAUUGAGCCUCUGAUUUUUAUCUGAUUGCAUUAACACUAAGACUGGCCAGUGGUGUCUAUCCCUAAAUGCAUUAUUAUUUUUAUUAUUAUCAUGCUUGGGACCAAUUUCUGUAUUGUACUGUCAUUCACACAUAAAUUCAAAUAUUGUAUAUUGUUCUUUUUGUAGUUUUAAAGAUGCAAAUCUAAGAGGUGCUGUAGGUGAUUAUUUAUGUGAAAAAUGCUAAAGUGAUUCACUAAAAUGAUCAUCUUACUAAUGAGAAAUAAAUUCCAAUGGUUAGUAUUUGUGGUUUAAAUACUGUGUGUAUUGUAUGCUGUGUUUUUUAUUAGUAAACUUGAACCCAUCCUCUGUUGGCAGGAUGUGCUGCAUUUUUUUUUAACCUGUGAUUUGAAGAAUUUGUGUUUGGUUUUAUGUUUGUUCCUUUCUCUUAUGCAAAGUAACUUUGGAUGUGAGACUAUGGAUCUGAGAUCUCUUAACCUCACCAGCAUGGAUAUAAAGCCAUUUACUCAA